GACUGUACUGAAUGCGUUGCAAUCAAGCGUCUCUUUGAGCGAGACUAAAGUGAGUUGAAAAAUGACGGAACGAGAUGUGAAAACGUUUGCGAAAAAACGUGCGCGUGAUUUAAUUGAAGAUGAUGGACCAUGUUUAUCUGGCCAUUGGCGGAAACGAAAAUGCAACGUCGGUUUAUGUGCUUCUAAUUGCUCUUCUUCUGAAAAAAAUCAUUUAUUUUCUGAAAUACCCGAACGAAUUUUGAAAGAUGUCACCCGUGCAUUAGAUAGAUUGUUGGUUGAUAACUUGGCAUGUAGAAUCGUGAGGCUAACUCCCCUAAAAUUACUCAACUGUAACGCUGCUGAUCCUUCAGAGUUUUCUAAUGCAUACUGCAGUGUGGAACCUUUUGCAAAUGAAUUCUCACUGUGGAGUAUCUUCCAAAAAGGAACAAAACUAUUGAUGGAUUUCAUAGAUUCUGAUGCAGAACAAGAUGACAGGAUGACCGGUCUUCCAGAAACUAAACAAGAUGAACUAAUACUGGACAAGAUCCUACAUUAUCUGGUAGAAGUUGAUCUACAAUAUCAAGGGGAAAUAGGAACACCACUGGCUGAGCUAGACAGGAUACAUGACACAGAUCUUACAAUCAUUCUGGCAAACCACCUAUUUGGGAAAUUAGCAACAUCUUCAAAUUAUCUUCUUGACAAGCAGAGUAAAGAAAAGGAAAGAGGAAAGUACAGAACAUCUUGUCCAUGUGGAACGUCAAAUUGUAAACUGACUGGUCAUUUUGGUGAUACUAGUAUUGGAAAUGAGCUGGUCUGGCAUGGUAACUUAGAUGCUAUAAUUGACGAUAAAGUUGUUCUUGAACCCCGUGAGGAAGAUACUGAUAUGGAAGGCAGUCCUGUGUGGAGGUCACCUGUUGAGGUAAAACUGGACUCCUCUGGGGAAAAAAUCUCAAGGAAUCAGCAAAUCAUUGCAGAGACCAUUACCUUCUCGUUUCUUCAGAAGCAAAGACACCCAGAUUCUGAUCAUUUCUUGUUUCCAUGCAUUAGUGUCACAAAUACAGAUAUGGUUGUACACUUCUAUGAUUCUGAGCAUGACAUCCUACUUGAAAGUAGCAAGAUACCAUUGCAUGGAUUUGAAGGGCAAACAAAUCUCUUAGCUGUUAUUGUGUCGUGGUUAGUUGUAAACUACAAAUAUACAUGUGACGGCUUAACAGAUGAAAUGAAAGAUAAAUUAGCAGGAUUUCCCCCCCUUGCUCAAUCAAAAUUGGACAUUUAUGAUCGACACUUGAAAUUUGGGGAUGUUGGAAUUACUUUUAGACCUGAUUUUCAGAAGUCACACCAGCAACUAGUUGAGGAGUCGGCUUCUGCUCUAAGGCACAAAAUAGAACGAGGCAGAUUGAAGACACUUUUAAAAUUUAAAGAUUAGAACAAAAUCCUGGAUGGCAAAAUAUUUUGAAAAUUAUGAUUAGUUAAUGACAACGGAUUGUCGUCAUUGUAAUCCGCUGUAAGUAUAAAGAUGAUAUGUGCCAUAUUGUAGGUACAGUGGAACCCAAUUUUUAAGAUUUAGAAUAUUAUAAUAAUCACUAAUAUUUUUUUCUUUAUGCAAGUUUUUCUCUACAUGGAAUUAUUAAACAAUAACUUGCUUUGCAACAAGCCUUUAUGCAAGCGACUAUUUACAUUUUCAUCUUCUUCUCAAUAAGCAAGUUAAGAGGCCUAGAGACCAGAUGUUGGGCGUAUGGUGAAGUGAUACCAAGAUUGUUCAAGUGAAUAACCUUGACCUUCAUUCAAGGUCACAGGGGUCAAAUACAGUAUGCUACAAUCCAUAAACGACUUCUCAUUCACCUACAGACCUGAUAUUGGGCAUAAAGCAUGCUGGGAUAAAGGGCUAUCAAAAUCGUUCAAAAGAAUGACCUUAAACUUCAAUCAAGGUCACAGGGGUGAAAUAUACUAAAAUUAUUAAACAAAUUCUUUCAUUAAGCAAGAGGCCUAGAUAUCUGAUGUUGGUAAUUUAGCAUGCUAGGGUAGCACACUACAGAAAGACUGCCUGGCCAUGGGCGAUUUUUUUGUUAAGCAAAUAACUCCUGUAUUAUGAUAUGCAUAAAAUAUGAAACAAUGAAUGUACACUAUAAUUGGUAUAUUCAUUAUGAAGUAGUUCAUACAGGCUUCACAUUUGUUAAAACUUCAAUAAAUAAAUUAGUUCCGGAUUUUAAAUCCCCGGAUUUUCCGACAGUGUGUUUAAUUUACACCAGAAAUUUAGUUUUGCCUACAUUGAAAAAUGAGUGAUGGUAAGAUUGGGGGAAAACUUAAUGUACAACAUCUGUCAAAACAAGAUUAAUUCUGUCUUUGAGAUGGAGAUAACAAGAUUAAUUCUGUCUUUGAGAUGGAGAUACUUAAUUUCAAAUAGGUUUCAGAAAAAAAGUGUGUAGAGAAUUGUCAUUUUGGGUCAAAUAUCAUGAUAUUAAAUAUUAAAUUAAAUAUCUCUCUCCCAUGGUCAGGCAGUCUUUCUAUGGUCUGCUACCUAGGGUGAAGGGCUAACAAGAUUGUUCAAGGUCACAGAGGUCAAAUAUGUGAAAAUAUUUUGAACAACUUCUCACUAACGAAGAGGUCUACAAACCUCAUAUUGGGCCUGUAGCAUGCUGGGGUGAAGUGCUAUUAAGAUUGUUCUAAUGAAAGACCUUGACAUUCAAGGUCACAGGGGUCAAAUAUGCUAAAAUCUUUAAACAGAAUAUUCUCUCUAAGUAAGUGGCGCAGAGACCUGAUAUUGGGCCUUAUAGCAUGCUGAGGCAUUGACCUCAAAUUUAAGUCACUGGAAAAUAUCAAAACUCAGGUGACCGUUAAAUCCUAUGGGCCUCUUGUAUAAUUAUUGUGAUGUCAUCAUGUAUGUGUUUAAAGAUAUUCAUUACAUGGCUGUAAUAGGUCAGUUAUAUUGUGAAAUAUGUUUAUUAUGAUUAUGAGACCAAUGAGAGCAAUAUUAAAAAGUGAGACCAUAA